AUGGCACCCUCGGCGAUUGAAUCACAUCUUCCUAUUCAGAAGAAAACAGGGGAGGAGAGCAUUCCAAUCGUAAAAGAUGAGAAAGUCGAACAUGUUCAUGGUGGAGAGGAUUUAACUCCUUUGGAGGCGAUUAGUCAUGGAGGUGUGGUUAUGUCUGGUAUUCCAACCUUUCCCAAUCAUGCUGCUCACCGUCGCCACAUCCUCAUCCACAUGGCGGCCGUCUUCCGAGACUUUUCACGUCGUGGUUUCACCGAAGGAAUGUCAGGACAUAUCUCCGUCCGAGACCCAGAGUUUGAGAACUACAUCUGGAUGAACCCCCUUGGUCGACAUUUCGGUCUGAUGACUGCUGGUGAUAUGAUGUGUUUAGAUUUAGAGAGUGGAAAAGUUGUAGGAGGAAAUCGAUCUCGUCCUGCCAAUGCCGCUGGGUUUUUGAUCCAUUCUGCAAUUCACAAAGUACGUCCUGAUGUACAUGCUAUUUGUCAUGCACACACAAAUGCUGGUCGAGCAUGGUCCGUCUUCGGUCGACCCCUCGAUAUGCUCAACCAAGACAUCUGCAACUUCCACAACAGCAUCGCUGUCUACGCCUCCUACGGCGGCAUCGUCUUUGCCUCUGAAGAAGGCGCCAACAUUGCGCGUGCCCUCGGUCCCCACAACAAAGUAGCCAUCCUCCUCAACCACGGCUUAUUAAGCACCGGAUCCACCGUCGACGAAGCGGGAUUCCUAUUCGCGCUCUUAGAUCGCGGAUGCGAAAUCCAAUUGAAAGUCGAAGCGGCGGUGGGAGGAACCCGCGAUGCGAAUGGAGAGCUGAAGAAAGGAGUAUAUGUGAUUGAGGAUGAGGAGGCGGCGUAUAAUUUCAAGAUGGCGAGUGAGAAGAAUGCGUUGUAUGCGGAGAUACAACCGGAUCUGGAGUUUGAGAUGGAGAUGGCGGGGCCGGGGGUGGUGGAGAGGGGUGUUGAGAAGCAGAUUGUGGAUCAUGGGUUGUGA